AUGGUCUCACGCUUCGUCCCGCGGGGCACCUUCCCGCCCCUCGACUCGCUGCCGCGCUCCUAUUUCCUCGGCCAUCAUCGCGCCGGCCUGACGAAGAUGAAGUCCAUGCUCUCGCGCAUCGACCUGAUCAUCGAGUGCCGUGACUAUCGUGUGCCCCUCACCUCCACCAACCCGCUGUUCGAGGAGAGUCUGGCCGGCCGGGAGCGACUCAUUGUCUACACCAAGAAAGAUUUGGGCCGCUGUGGCACCGAGCAGGACCAGCAGCGAGAACAGAUCAUUCGCCAAUGGCACGCCCCUUCUCCAGUCUACUUCUCCGACCACCGCGACAAGAGCGACGUCCGCCGCAUACUCAAGUUUGCCAAAGACUACGCCUCCCGCAGCGUGUCGUUGAUCGGCUUCACCAUGAUGUGUGUAGGUAUGCCAAACGUGGGCAAGUCUUCGCUGCUCAACGCGCUGCGUCUGGCGGGAAUGGGCAAGGGCAAGGCCGCGAGCACUGGCGCGCAGCCAGGCAUAACGCGAAAGAUUGGAUCGGGCGUCAAGAUCUUUCAAGGUGAGGAAAGCACCGAAGGUGUAUACUUGCUUGACACUCCAGGUGUAUUCGUGCCCUAUGUUCCCGAUGCCGACGCCAUGCUCAAACUUGCCCUUUGCGGGAGUGUGAAAGAUACCAUUAUCUCCCCCGUUACCCUGGCCGAUUAUUUGCUGUAUCACAUCAACCUCGUCGACCCAGGGCUUUACGCCGAAUACCACGAGCCAACCAACGACGUUGUUCCUCUGCUCGAAGCUGUGGCUAAGAAAACUGGGCGGCUUGCGCCAGGUGGCGUACCAGACACAGAGGCCGCUGCCCUGUGGGUGAUUCAGAGGUGGCGUAACGGCCACCUUGGGCACUUCAUGCUGGAUGCCAUCACUCCAGAAGCACUGAAUGAGCAUCGUGCGUCAAGAGACCGCCAGGAACCGAGUAUGAACCAGGCCAGAAAGGCCGAAAAAGAACGGAGGAAGGCUGAAUCAAGGCGCAUACGAGCUCUGUGA